AUGCCCGUAACAAUUACCUGGGCCAUCAGACAUGCCACCAGUCGGAUCUGCCCACCCACCGACAGGAUGGAAAUCCUCGAAGAGCAAACGACUACACUCCGGAGAACAGUGGACACACUGAAACAUCAGAUCGAGGCGCAGACAAACAUGAUCACCAAUAUGCAUUCGGCGAACCACGCGCUCCUCAACAAACAACCACAACCGCAGCAACCGCAACAACCGCAACAACAGCAACAACAGCAACAACAGCAAAAACCGCAACAACCGCAAGGACAGAGAAUCCCCCCCCCAGCGAUCCCGCAAACAGUUCCCCAAGCAGCGCCACAGGCAGCUCCUCAGGCCCCCCCACCCGCACCCCCCCAACCUCGUGGAUGGAAAGCAGGCACCUGGGCCGCCGUGGCUGUUACGGGCAUGCCAAGCAUUUACGGGAGUGAGAGAAAGGCUAGUAGAUACCCCUAUACCCUUUAA